CUCCAGCUCGCAAAUGUUGAGGUUCUUGGCUUGAAAUCUUCUCUUUUCUCUUUUUCCUCACGUUUCUCUUCCUUUCUUUAGUUUCUUGAUGCUCUUUUAGGGGUUUAGAUUACAUGGUGGGCCCUAAAACUAUGAGAAAUCCUGGCCAAACUUCGGAACAACGCGUUCAAGGCGAAACGAGUAGCGAAGCAUGUGCCAAUGAUUCCGAGAGAGAUGACUGCGAGAGCCCGCCAUGCAAGAGACUGAAACAAGCUGUGUUACCCUUUUCAGUUUUAACUUCAACUUCUUUGACUUCUCCUGGUUGUUUCAAACCUUCAGUUUCCUCCAAAAAUAAUGUUAUUGGAGACAAUAACUCUGAAAGCAAACCACCAGAGUCUGGUGAAAAGGCCCCUCAAACAAAUGGAGGACUAGUAACUGGGGCACCUUCUCCUCCUGAUGUAAAAGACAAUUCAGUAAAGCCACAGAUUUCAACUGAUCCCUCUAAAGUUUCCAAGAAUUUGGGUUUGGAGAAUAAGGAGGAAAGGACAAGUGGACAAAGGGAUUCAAACAGCAUUUCCUCACCAGAAUCCAAUUCCUCAUCUCACAAUGAAGAUGAAUUAAUGAUUAUAGAUCAAUCUCCCCCAGCGAACGUUGCUGUCAAUACAAAAGUAACGGACAACAGGAGGACGCCAGUGCUAAAAAGUGCUGAAAAGCUAAAGCGAAAAGAAGAACGGGAAAAAGAAAGGCAGGAAAAGCAAAGAUUGAAAGAAGAGAAACUGAAAGAAAAACAGGAGGCAAAGGCAGUAAAGGAAAGGGAAAGGCUAGAAGCCAAAAGAAAGCGUGACCAGGAAAGACAGGAAAAGCAAGCUGAGAAGGAAAGAAAAGAGAAGGAGAGAGUAGAAAAGAAGGAGAAGGAAGAAAAAGAACGACUAGAAAAGAAAGAAAAGAGAGAUGAGGAAAGAAGAAAACGGGAAGAGGAAAAAAAGUAUGGUUGUUCUCUUAAGGGAUAUAAAUAGAGUACAGAAAACUAUAUAUGCAGGCGCUACCACAUUGUCAGCAGGCUGAGAUUCUUAAUUUUCCCAGUAAGCAGGAAAAAAAUGACAUCUGAACAAGUGAACUUGUUGCAGCCCUAACUUCUGGGUUACAGUCUGACAUCGAACCAAUUUUUGCAGUGCUCUCCAACAGGUGUUUUUGUUGGAGAACCUUUCUUUCUCAUGUAUGCUCUGGAAACAGGGUGGUUCAGUGAAAACAUCUAUAUACAUGUAGUUUUCUAAAACUCAUUUAUUUAAUAACUCAUCAAGUUAAAAAAUUUAAACUAUAACUGUGGUGGUGGUUGGAGAUCUGGUGUUAAUGAGCAUAAAGUUUUAUAAUUUUAUUUCUCUGUUUUCUCUUUAGAUUUAGUUUUGUUUGAGAGGAUACAAUAUAUAUGAAGCACUCAGGACCCUAUUUGACAACAUUUCCAAACACCUCAAAGUUCUUUAAAAAAUUGUCUGUUGUGUGUUUUAUUUUCAACUC